CACAUUCGACAUUACAAGUCACUCCUAUCACCAUGUCACAAGCAAUCGCAAUCAUUAGCGGCCUACUCAUCGCACUGCUCGCAGUUGAUAGCUGCGCAGGAUACUCAGCGCACGGACGUCAACCGUCAGGCUUGUCUGAUGCUGCGCUGGCACGUCGCCUGGUGCAUCAAGCCAACUGGGCUGCUGUGGGCAGCAUUUCCACCCAUGAGAAAAUCAUGGACUUUCCAAUGGUCAAUAUAAUGGCAGUGGACGAUAGCGCUCUGAAUGGCUCCUCAACCGGUCACAUACGCUUCUUCUUGCUGAAUCUGGAUUUCACUGGACGCGAUACGCAGCAAAAGAAUAAGGUCACCUUCUUCUUUACCGACGAUCAGAAUGGCGCUUGUCAAAGACGUGGCGUCGAUCCCAUGGAACCGGCAUGCCCGCGCGUUAUGGUUAGCGGUAGCGUGAAAAAGUUGGAUACAGCAGAUCCCAGCUACAAUGACCAGCUGCAGGCAUUCUAUAAUCGGCAUAAGAGUGCUGAGAAAUGGGCGGCACACAGUCAUAAUUUCGAUUUUAGCGAAUUGGAAAUCGAAAAUAUAUUCAUUGUGGCUUACCAGGGCGGUCCACGUGUCAUUCCCGCCGAGGAUUAUUACAACGCCACUAUUUGAAAUGUUCCGCAAUAAAUAUAUUUUUACAAAAAUAACUUUGGUUUAAAAUUCUCAAAUAAAGCACUAGAAAAGA